AUGCCGUUGGGGAGUCAAAACGGAUAUGCGCCGUGGAUCUUACGGCCACCUCGCCGAAAGGGGUUCUUCGGGAAAAAGAAAAACCUCGGUUAUAUGCGUAGCAUAUCCGCUGAGGGCGUCCUCUCCGUUAAACCCGAUCUCAUUCUUGCCAUGGAUGACAGCGGUCCUGCAGCAGCCUUCGCCUCUCUCGGACAGUCCGGUAUCCCUCUCUUUUAUAUCAGCAGUGAGGCAUCACCCCAUGCUGCUUUGAAUCGCAUCACCACAAUCGCCGGACUUGUGGAUCAGGUGAGUAAAGGAAAAACGUUGCGAGACAGCGUCGCACGCGGUUUUGAGAAGGUCGAUCGCGCGGCACGCGCAACCCGCGUCCACCCAAAAGUGCUUUUUGUCCUGCACAUGGCCAAUAAUCGACUGAUAUGCGGAGGCGCAGGUUCACCAGCUGAUAAGGUGCUAAGCAUCUGCGGCGCGCGUAACGUGGCGUCGGCCUUUCCGGGCUACAAAAUGUUCAAUCCAGAAGAGCUGGCGGUCCUCCAGCCGGAUAUCGUGGUGACCAUGCAGGAAAAUGGCUCAACCGUACAUGACGUUUUGAUUGAAAAUGCCGGUUUCAAAAUGACACCUGCAGGCCGUAAAAAUCAGCUGGUCGCUGUCAAUGGUGAAGCCCUUCUAACUUUCGGCCCGCGCACGCCGGGCGCAAUGCUGGACCUUAUACACCGGUUUACCGAUCUCAUGGCGGAUACCUGA